CCUUAUAGGAUGGGGAGGAAGAGGAACGCUUCAGUGAAUGUUUUGUUUCAAUGGGUGAGGAGCCAGUCAAUGAAAGUCAAGAUCUUACUUGGAGCUUUUCUUGCCUUGUGUGGUUUGGUGGCAUUGAAGCUUUGGGUCAAGAAUCAUCAACAUUUUUUCAUUGCUUCUGAGACUAUUCAUUUUCUGGGGAUCAUCGUUCUCAUAUACAAGCUCACAAUCCAAAAGACCUGCUCUGGUCUUUCCCUAAAGACUCAAGAACUCACAGCUGGCUUUGUAGCAGUAAGAUUGGUUUGCAAUACCUUAAUAAAGGUUGACGUACACGCUGUGAUAGAUUUGGCUACUCUCAUUUCAACAGCUUGGCUCAUUUAUAUGAUACGAUUCAAACUGAAGUCAACCUAUAUAAAGGAGCUAGACAACUUUCGCUUAUAUUUUGUGGUAAUACCUGCAGCUACCCUUGCCCUGGUUUUCAACCCAUACACACUGCCGUCACUGAGCGGUCGCAUUGCUUCAGUUCUUUGGGCAUUUGGUUGGUACAUAGAAGCUGUUUCAGUACUGCCACAACUUCGUUUGAUGCAGAAUGCAAAGAUGAUUGAGCCAUUUACCUCCCAUUAUGUUUUUGCAUUGGGGAUUUCAAGAUUCUUUGCUUGUGCUCAUUGGAUCAUUAUGCUCUACGAAACUAAAGGCAGAUAUCUAUUCUUGGUUGGGUACGGUUAUCUCUGGAUUGUGGCUGCUUUCCUUUGUGAAAUGCUUCAAACAUUCAUCUUAGCCGACUUUUGUUACUAUUACAUAAAGAGUUAUGUACAAGGUCAGCUCAUAAUGAAGAUGCCCGUCUAGAUUUUAAAUACUAGUGGUGCUUGCUUGCUGUAUUUGUUUUACAUUUCUUUCAUCACUAUACAAGCAUCUUGUAGCAUGGAGCCAUGGAGAAGCAAAUGAGAAAAAUUAUGAUGUACCUACAG